GGCACGGUGACUUCCGCUCUCGCCGUUAAAGCGGUGCGAUCAUGGCGGAGCGCGUUCAGCAGCCCCCAGCUAAACGGCUCUGCUGCCGACCCGGGUACGGCACGGCGUGCAGGCAGGGGCAGCGGCCCGGCGGGACAGUAUGCGGCGGAGGCGCCGGUGGAGCUUCGGGCUCCGGCCAGGGGGGACCGAGCAGGACACACAGCCCGGAGUCGCUGUUGGACAUUGCGGCGAGGCGAGUGGCCGAGAAGUGGCCGUUCCAGCGGGUGGAGGAGCGCUUCGAGCGCAUCCCGGAGCCCGUGCAGCGGCGGAUCGUGUACUGGUCGUUUCCGCGGAGCGAACGGGAGAUCUGCAUGUAUUCAUCGUUCAACACGGGCGCGGAGGAGAGCGCGGCGGCCGCGGAAGGCAGCGACGAGACCCGGCUGCCCUUCCGACGGGGCAUAGCGCUGCUGGAGAGCGGCUGCGUGGACAACGUGCUGCAAGUCGGUUUUCAUCUCAGCGGGACAGUAACAGAACCGGCGACGGCUUCGGAGCCGGAGGUGGUGUGCAGCGUGGCCAUCAGCUUCGACCGCUGUAAGAUCACCUCGGUGACGUGCGGCUGCGGCAACAAGGACAUCUUCUACUGUGCUCACGUGGUGGCGCUCAGCCUGUACCGCGUACGGCGGCCCGAGCAGGUCAAACUGCACCUGCCCAUUUCAGAGACGCUCUUCCAGAUGAACCGGGACCAGCUGCAGAAGUUCGUACAGUACCUCAUCACCGUCCAUCACACCGAGGUUCUGCCCACGGCCCAGAAACUGGCGGACGAAAUCCUCUCACAGAACUCCGAGAUCAACCAAGUGCACGGGGCCCCGGACCCCACGGCAGGGGCCAGCGUGGACGAUGAGAACUGCUGGCAUCUUGAUGAAGAGCAGGUCCAGGAACAGGUCAAGCUCUUCCUGUCCCAGGGGGGCUACCACGGCUCGGGCAAGCAGCUCAACCUCCUCUUCUCCAAGGUGCGGGAGAUGCUGAAGAUGCGGGACUCGAAUGGGGCGCGGAUGCUGACGCUGAUCACAGAACAGUUCAUGGCUGAUCCUCGUCUGGCUCUGUGGAGACAACAGGGAACCACCAUGACGGAUAAAUACCGACAGCUCUGGGACGAACUGGGUGCCUUGUGGAUGUGCAUCGUGUUGAAUCCUCACUGUAAGGCGGAGCAGAAGGCGGCGUGGCUCCGGCAGCUCAAGAAGUGGAACGGCGUGGACGUGUGCCCCUGGGAGGACGGUAACCACGGCAACGAGCUGCCCAAUUUAACCAACGCUUUGCCUCAGGGUGCGCACGGCAACCAAGACUCGGGGACCCGGCCGCACCGGACCGUGUUCACGCGGGCCAUCGAGGCGUGCGAUCUCCACUGGCAGGACAGCCACUUACAGCACAUCAUCAGCGACGACCUCUAUACCAACUACUGUUACCAUGACAACACUGAAAAUUCACUCUUUGACUCUCGCAGCUGGCCCCUGUGGCACGAGCACGUCCCGACGGCCUGCGCCAGGGUGGAUGCACUGAGGUCUCACGGUUACCCACGGGAAGCACUGCGACUGGCCAUCGCUAUCGUCAACACCCUGCGCCGGCAGCAGCAGAAGCAGCUGGAGCUCUUCCGCAACCACAAGAAAGAUCUGCUACAUAAAGGGAUGACCUCCAUCACUAAUCUGGAGGGGUGGGUGGGUCACCCGUUAGACCCCAUCGGGACCCUCUUCAGUACGCUGAUGGAGACGGGGCGGAGCGACGAGGAAAACUCACAAGGAGGCUUCCUGGACUUCUCAGGUACGAUGAGCUCCAGUAAGCACGUGGACCUGCACCUGUUCCCGUCGGCGCGGCGCUUCCUGGAGGAGGGCGAGUCGUACCUGGCGCUGGCGGUGGAGACGGCGCUGAUGGGUCUGGGUCAGCAGAGGAUCAUGCCCGACGGCCUCUACGCCCAGGAGAAGGUCUGCCGCAACGAGGAGCACCUCAUCGCCAAGCUGCAGGAGGUGGAGCUGGACGACUCGCUCGUCAAAAUCUUCCGCAAGCAAGCUGUCUUCCUCCUAGAGGGUGGGCCCUACAGUGGACUGGGGGAAAUAAUCUACAGAGAGAGCGUUCCCAUGCACACGUUUGCCAAGUAUCUCUUCACCUCCCUCCUACCUCACGAUGCCGAACUGGCAUAUAAAAUUGCACUGAGAGCAAUGCGGUUACCAGUGUUGGAAUCGACGGCUCCCUCCGGCGACAUGUCCCGGCCUCACCAUAUAGUAUCUGUUGUGCCGAACCGCUACCCACGAUGGUUCACCCUCAGCCACAUCGAGUCCCAGCAGUGUGAGCUGGCCUCCACCAUGCUCACUGCAGCCAAAGGUGACGCUCGAAAGUUGGAAACAGUGUUAGAGUCCAUCCAGAAGAACAUCCACUCGUCCUCUCAUAUCUUUAAACUGGCGCAGGAUGCCUUUAAAAUCGCCACGCUGAUGGACAGCCUGCCGGACAUCACUCUGCUAAAAGUGUCCCUGGAGCUGGGCCUUCAGGUUAUGCGGAUGACGCUCUCUACACUGAACUGGCGGAGGCGAGAGAUGGUGCGAUGGUUGGUCACUUGUGCCACAGAAGUCGGAGUCUACGCACUGGACAGCAUCAUGCAGAGCUGGUUCACCCUCUUCACGCCCACCGAGGCCACCAGCAUCGUGGCCACCACCGUGAUGUCCAACAGCACCAUCGUCCGGCUGCACCUGGACUGCCACCAGCAGGAGAACCUGGCCAACAGCGCGCGGACGCUGGCCCUGCAGUGCGCCAUGAAGGACCCGCAGAACUGCGCCCUGUCGGCGCUCACGCUCUGCGAGAAGGACCACAUCGCCUUCGAGACGGCCUACCAGAUCGUGCUGGACGCCGCCACCACGGGCAUGAGCUACACGCAGCUGUUCACCAUCGCGCGCUACAUGGAGCACCGCGGCUACCCCAUGCGCGCCUACAAGCUGGCCACCCUGGCCAUGGCCCACCUCAACCUCAGCUACAACCAGGACACGCACCCGGCCAUCAACGACGUGCUGUGGGCCUGCGCCCUCAGCCACUCGCUGGGCAAGAACGAGCUGGCCGCCAUCAUCCCCCUGGUGGUGAAAAGCGUGAAGUGCGCCACCGUGCUCUCGGACAUUUUGCGGCGGUGCACGCUCACCACCCCGGGCAUGGUGGCGCUCCACAGCCGCAGGAACUCUGGCAAGCUGAUGUCGCUGGACAAGGCGCCGCUGCGGCAGCUGCUGGACGCCACGAUCGGCGCGUACAUCAACACCACGCACUCGCGGCUCACGCACAUCAGCCCGCGGCACUACAGCGAGUUCAUCGAGUUCCUCAGCAAGGCGCGUGAGACCUUCCUCAUGGCGCACGACGGACACAUUCAGUUCACGCAGUUCAUAGACAACCUAAAACAGAUUUACAAAGGCAAAAAGAAACUGAUGAUGCUCGUGCGGGAGAGGUUCGGCUGAAGCCUCCGGUCCUCCUCUUCCUCUUCCUCCUCCUGAUGCUCCUCUUCUUCUCCUUUUUACUUGAGUCUGCCUUUGUAUCCUUUCUAAAUUAAACAAGGAAAAAACAACGGGGGGAAAACAACAAAAAAAACGAAAACCAGACAAAAAAAAAAGAAACUAAAGAGAAAAGCGAGUCAGUAAGAGCCACACCGGUAUUAUGUGUAUAGACUUCUUCUAUUUAGUUCGCGAAAAAGGAACGGAAAAAAAAAACAAACAAAAGUCAUGUCGUGGAAGUUUUACGUGUUUCCCCUUAUUUGUACGGAAGUGAGCGAGAAAAAAAAUCAAUUAAAGGAAAAAAAAAAAGUUCAUUUUAUUUGGUAUUUGUUUAUUUUUUUUUUGGGGUUUACACUGAUGAGUAUGUGUUGUCCAGUGGCAGAAGCCCACAUAGCACUCCAGAUGAUCUCUGAUCUUAUCUAACAUUCACAGCCUCAAAGAGAAGAGAAGAGAAGAAGAAAAAAACAAAUGAAACAAUGGCUUUAAACCAAACAGAGCACCUCCAUCCUAAGUGAAAAGUACCUCGUAUGGCUCCAGCUUUACUCCUUCCCAAAUCCGCUCUCGCGCUCCUCCGUGUGUUACGAUAAUAAAGUGUUGGAUACGAAGAAAAACUGUAACUACAGCAAAACAAACAAACAAACACACACACACACACACAAACACACACAACCAGUUUGGGACAUUUUUACUUGUGUUCUUGUGAAUUUCUUUUGUUUCACGUUUUUGUUUUUUCUUUGUUUCGUUGUUUUCUACGUUGUUUGUUUUUUUUCAGUUUUUUCUUUUUUGCACCAGGCUUACUUAAAAUCGCGUGGCUUUUUUGCUGAUCAGUGCUGUUCUUCAUCAUCAUCAUCAUCAUUUUAAUCAUUAUCAUCCAGAAGCAUGAAUCUCUGAAUCACGUCACACACAGAUUCACACCUGUUCACCUUUUCACCUUUACUACAGACGCUCACCUUUCCCCGUUCCCGUUCCAGAAAAACGGAGAAAACAAAAAGAGAAAAAACAACCUUAAUAAAUAAAUGAAUAAAUAAAAAGGAAAGCUGUUGUGCUUUGCGCUUGUGGAAACUUUUCGCGACUGUCGACAUACAUUCUCAGGGAUUUCUCAAGAAACAGAAAAAAAGGAGACAAAAAAAAGGAAAAAAAUGGUCUUGGACUAAAAAAAAAAAAAAGAAGAAUGAAAGAGCAUUUUAUUGUACUGUAUAUAUGAUAGUAUAUGUCUGAAUAUUGAAAAAAAUGUAUACGUAACUAAUUUAUAAAGAAUAUUCUAUGUAAUGCGAAAUACUUGAAGCUGCAGUACCUUGGUUUUGAGACGCGAAGCGAAAAAAUACAAGAAAAAUACAACAAAACAUAUCAGAGGGACGAAGAAAAGACGAAGAAGUGCGCCUUGCUUCAAAGGGUUAGGGGGAGGGGCUUAAGGGGCGAGGGGGAGGGGCUUGGGUGAAAUUGGGGCGUUCCGGUGAACGUUGUUCUCGUACACUGGGUACCUAUGCAGAGCCACCGUGUCUGACUGCAUGAUCCAACCAACGCUAUACUGGGGUGGAAAGGGUGAAAAGGGGGAGGGGCCAUGAUGAAAAGGGGGAGGGGCUUGGAAAGGAUGGGACGUGACAGGGAGGGGGGUUAUUGGGUUAUUGUUUUGUAUGUAUAUAUACAAAAAUGUAUGUAUCCAGUGUAUGUACAUCAAACUGUACAGAGCACCAGAGCUCCACCGGAGAGCGGCGGGAAAUCCGAACAAAAUAACGAAGAAAAAAUUAAAACAUUAAGCCUUAGCGUUAUUAUUAUCACGUAAUAAUAAUAACUAAUAAACGGGGCGUGGCUAAAUCCCACAGGGUCUCAGAAACGCCUCGAAAUGUAGAUCAGUUUAACGUUCUGAGCGACGGUACUCAAACAAACACGCUCCUGCACCCGACCCGGCCGCGCACACGCCUCCUUUCCCACCACGAGCCAAUCACGAAGAAGCUCUGUUUAUUCGUUUUUUCGAUUUUCAUUUUAAUGCACAAUAAACUUCACGCUGUUCACGCCGCCUCCCUCUGCCGACACCAUGACUUGACUUUGUGCAGGACAGAAAGUUGCUGUGUAGGUCAGACUGUUCCACAUUUUUAACGCUUUUCUCUGUUUCUGUUUUUUCUUCGUUCAUUUUUUUCGUUUGUUUAUUUCGUUUGUUCAUUUUCGUUUCUCUAGAAUUCCUCAGAACGAGAACAGCCUUCUUUCUUGCCUUGUCUUAACGCUUUAAAAUAACCAAACUGGAGUUUUAACUACCAAACCUUCUUCAUUAUAACGAAAGCCAACCGACUUUGGUUACGACGUUUCGUUUGUUUCCGUCAUUCUCGUCUCUCUUUCCUUUUUCGUUUGUUUCUAGCCGAACGGUUUCUGUACCCUGUGCUUUAAAAAGCAGUUUUUUUCCUGUUCUGUUGGUCUUUUGGUGCAAAAGCGUUGUCCGUGUCUUCUUGUUCCCUUCCUUAGAGGUUUUGUCUGUAGCUCUUCUUUUUGUUCGUUCGUUCGUUCGUUUGUUGGUUUGUUUAGAAACAGAUUUAUCAUGUUCUCCAUUUUUAUUUAUUAUAAAAGGUAAACGAUUGUACUUCAUCACCCGUGUCAACAUGCUCAUGAAGUUGAAUUUAAGAUUUGAUACACCGAUAUCAAUUUAUUUAUGUAACUAAAUCACUGUUUUAUAAACUUGUUAAUGAUUCAACAUUUUUUUGUUUUAAUUAAAAUUAGUUUUUUGAGAGGAAA